UUUGUCGCAUAAUGAAGUUCUUCGACACUAGUGUACGUGACCCUUGUGGAUUAAUAAAUGGCGUUGGGAAAUUUAACUUUAGAUCUAUUCCUGAAUAAUUUUGAGUGAAUUUUGCAUGGGCCUAUACUCAGACAUGUCUAACGAGUCAAACACAAGACGUUCAUUGCGACCCAAACUCAGGAAACACUACCAUGAGGGCGAGGACCAAGAUGCCGCAAUCGAAGGCCAUCGCACUUUUGACUUGGAAGAUAAAAUCACCUGCAGACACUUCGGAAACAAAAUGGUGAAACGCAUGAAAGGAGAAGAUUUUACUUACAAAUACAUUCAAGAGCAUGGAUUCACUCAGCCUAUGCUAUUUCAUCAACACGAUGGACUUGGAUUGGUGGUUCCCGGCAAGGAAUUUAGUGUGAAUGAUGUGAAGAUUUGUGUUGGUAGCCGAAGGAUGGUAGAUGCUAUGGACGUUAACUCGCAGAAGGCUGUUGAGAUGAGUAUGGCGCAGUUUGCCAAAUAUUAUGAAAGUGAGGAAAGAGAUGGCCUCUACAAUGUGAUCAGCCUGGAAUUCAGUCACACUAAACUUGACGAACUUGUUCAGAAACCAUAUGUGGUGCAACUGCUUGAUUGGGUAGAUACAGUGUGGCCUCGAGAACUAAAAGAAACUCAGAAGGACAGCACCAAUGUACUUGCUGAAAUGAAAUAUCCAAAAGUACAGAAGUAUUGCCUUAUGAGUGUAGCUGGAUGUUUUACGGAUUUUCAUGUGGAUUUUGGUGGAACAUCUGUGUGGUACCAUAUUCUCCAUGGCCAAAAGAUCUUUUGGUUGAUACCGCCCACAGACGAGAACCUCAAUAUCUUUGAAUCAUGGGUGUUGUCAGGGAAACAAGGCGAUGUGUUUUUAGGUGACCGGGUCAAGCAGUGUGGGAGAAUCAAACUAGAAUCAGGGGACACAUUUUUCAUUCCAUCAGGCUGGAUCCAUGCUGUGUACACUCCAGAAGACUCGCUGGUGUUUGGUGGCAACUUCUUGCACAGUUUCAACAUUCCUAAGCAGCUCCGGGUCUCUGCUCUGGAAGACAAGAUACAUGUUCCAUUUAAGUUUCGCUACCCGUUUUAUGGUGAGAUAAUGUGGUAUGUAAUGGCAAGUUACAUUAACGUACUGCUUGGACGAACACACAUACAGAGUUUGAAGAACAAAGACUUAAAGAAAGAAAUAAUUGAAAAGAAAGAAAAUGGAGGUGAUGCUAUGGAUGAAAAAAUUAAAGAAGAACGAUCUCCUCAGCGCGAAUUACUAUCAGGGAAAGAAAACCAGCCUGAUAGCAAUGGUAUCGAAAAACCUAGUACUAGCCAGUAUGAUGAGGUUCUUUCUACCCAAUCUGAUGACAAUCAAUCGACCAAUCAGAAGGAGGAGCCUCUGGAAGCCAACAACAAAGAAUUGAGUGAGAAGUCAGCAAAAGUAGAGAUGAAAGAUAAAAGCAGUGCAGGUUACAAACAUUUGAGCAAGUAUGAGUUAGAAGGUUUGAAAAUGCUUCUGUGGCAUCUGGAAGCUUUGUACAAACAGCCUCAAGGAAAGCGAUGUGUACCAGAUCUGAUAGAAAACCCUAAACAUGUCUUAGCUGAUGCAAGGGAAAUGCUGGACAUGCAUGUAAGUGAUAAAGCAAACUUGGCUGUCACUGGCGAGCCAGUCGUCAAGAAGUUAGAGGUUCCUCAAGUCAAAAAGAACGUUUCAGCAUCGAAUUUAAAAUUCAAACCUGGCAAUGCAAACCGACCGAGGUCUAAGGCGGGCGUGAUCAUCAGUGCGAGGAGAAGAAGAACGCGAUGCAGAAACUGUGAUAACUGUCUGCGAUCUGAUUGUGGUCAGUGUAACUUCUGUAAAGACAUGAAGAAGUUUGGUGGACCUGGCCGGAUGAAACAGUCAUGUAUAAACAGACAGUGUCUUGCUCCUAUUCUACCAGCAUGUGCCACAUGUAGUCUUUGUGGAUAUGAGGUCCAGGAAGGCAAGGAGCUGAUGGAAUGCCACCAGUGUAAUGACAUUGUACAUCCAGCAUGCCUGCAAGCCAAGGGCCAGCCUAAUGAAGGUGUUGUAAAUGCGGAUCUUCCGAACAGCUGGGAAUGUCCUAAAUGCAUUGCUGCCGACUCAAAAAGUGAAAAGAGUGAAGACACUCUAAAGAGUGAUUCAAGUACGAUGAAGAAGGUGAAACAAGCAAAGAAAAGACAGCAGCAGGAUGCUAACAGCCCAGUUUCCAACUCAGCUGAAAAGAUGAGCAAAAAGAGCAAAAGUGAAAGUUCUUCCCCAGUUCUUCGAAGCAAAAGAUUGUCUGUUCAGAGGUCUACCACCAAGCCUAGCCAGGCAAAAAACUCACCUUCACCGCCUGCUAAAAAAAGGCGAGGCCCACCUGGCAACAAUCCAGUCUCACCACUGACUAAGAGACGCACACUUAUUACAUCACCAAGGGGUCGUAAAAAAGCAGGUGGAAUACGGCAAAAGAUUCUCUCCAAUAAUAAGUUAUUAAGAAGCAAAUGGAAUGGAAUAAUACAGGCUCAGAGAAAUGGAAGAGGUGGAGGUUCAGGGGAUGCCCAUACUGUUGCUAGGCAAGAGAAAGCAAAACCUGUGCAGGUAAAACGGUUUGUGGUGAGGCCAGGCAGAGUGAGCCCUCCACCAUUAGUCAACACACAAGGUGACUGCAACAGACAUGCUUAUGAAUGGGGAAUUUGGAAGAAUGUCUUUGCUUUCUUGAGUGCAAAGGAUUUGUGCCGAUGUAUUUCUGUUUGCAAGACUUGGAACCGUUGGGGUUGUGAUGCAGAUUUCUGGAAGAAUUUGGACCUGAGCAAUCUCCACAAGCUUUCUAAAUCAACAAUGAGUGGAAUUAUUCGACGACAACCUAUUUCACUUAACAUGACUCGAACUAACAUCAGUCGAAGACAACUGAUAUGGCUUCUGGAGAGGUUGCCAAACUUAAAAGAAUUGCAUCUUGGAUAUACUGCAUGGGAUGUUGCUUCUGCUCUCUCUGGUCCAAACAGCCCCCUUUUGGAAGUCCUUGAUUUGAAGUGGGUAGAGGGGCUCAAAGAUAAUAUCACGAACAACAUCUUCCAACCACCUGUUGAGCACCGCCCUGGAAUGGUUGAUGUCAGAUCAAGGAUGCGAUGUCUUCAGGAAUUGUACAUUAGUGGUACAGACAUCACCGAUAACAUCUUUGAACUUCUUGUGCAAAAUACACCAGCGUUAAAAAAGUUGGAUGUUAGUUUUUGUACUCAUCUGACUCCCAACGGUAUUGAUAUCUUUCUUGAGGAGGAUUCGACAAUCAGAAACAACUUAACAGACUUGAAUGUGUACAGAUGUUACAAGAUCACUGGUCAAUCAUUGUAUAAAUAUCUUCUUCGACUUUCUAAUUUGCGUCGACUGACUAUCAGCAAAACACAGGACCCUGGCAGAAUCUUGAAUGAAGCUUCUACCACAAUACAACAUCUGGACUAAAGGAGACAAUAUUAGGGAGCUUUUGAUUGCAUGAGACAGUAGGACACUAAGAAGUGAUCUGUGCAUGCGAGAACAUUAUGUUCCUCUCGUUGCCUGUAUUAUAUUUUUAAUUUGGCCGAAUCUACACUGUAUGUUGUACAUAGAACGUAGUAAGGAAGGUCGUGCGCGAGUGAAUCUGUUUUAGCGCUGUGUCGUCGCACAAAUCGAAAGCUACCUAAUAUCUCAUCCUGACUUCCGUGACACGUCAUGGCUACUUAAUGGUUUCCCAAUAAUCCAUCUUGUAGUUUUAAGUGCAUAUGCUGUCAACAGUCAAGGUAUAGAAACUUUUGACCACCAGGUGGUUUAUACACGACUUUGAACGCUACUAUGUGUAAGUACAAAAUGUAUAUCUGUCCCAAUAUUACACUAUAAGUUCUCUACAAAGUGCUAUUGUAUCAUGAUGGACACGACACUGGAAAAUGGUCAUGCAUAGCUAUGUCAUGCAUAGCUAUCAUUUAAGCAAAAUCCCAUGGAAAUUUUUAAUUGAUUGUUUACUAAUUCAACUCAAAAGCCUGUCUAGCUUUAAAUCAUAUUGAUCAUUGUCUUUUUUUUUACCAUAUGUUAGAGUUAAUUUACAUUUAGUGUUGUUAGAAUAGGUUAUAUAAUUUGUUUAUUACACUUAUAUCGUUCUUAUUACACUAUUGCUUUGUUAUUUACUAUUGUCACCUCAAUAUUAUAAACAUAAUCAUUAUAUUUAAAUAAGAGUAACUAUUUUAUAACUAUUUCCAUGGCAAAAAUGUGUUGUCCUGCAUCAUAAUACAAGUUCUGUAACUCAGAAUGCAGUGGAAAUGCUUACACAUUAGCAAUUAAAAUACAUGUAUUUGUAAACAGUUAUUCCGAGUAAUAGAACAAAAGAAACUAACAGUUGACCAAAAAUUACUGAAGAUCACAUUGUCCUGUAGAAAAGACGUAGGUAGGUAGAUGUGUUUUAAUGUUAUCAUUACAUGAUUUGUAAAAUUGUGGUGUUGGAAGGAUCUUGUACAGAUUUAAUCUUCAAUUAACACAUUUAGGAUGGUCUAGAAAUGUACAUUUGUGAAUAAUAAUUAAUUUCAAACAUUUUGAGUUAAUAACAAAAACAUAUUUACUUUUUGACAGGUAAUUUAAUGACAUGGCAGUUACUAUAUUGGAUUAAAAAGUUAUACUUACUAUAAUUCGUUUAAUUUCUUAAAUUGUUUAAAGCAUCAUUAUUUCGACCUAAUCAAUACAUUAUUGGUAAUGCGUAUAUUGUGUUGGAAAUUGUUUCAUUCCAAGAUUAAACAGAUGAAAAACAUGUGUUUUCCAUUUACUCUCUAUUCAACAGUAUGUAGGCUUAAUCUGCAUGUCACAUGAUAGAAAUAAACUUUGAAUUAUUGUUCCA